CGGAUUUUUGACGCUUUCCACGUGGAUUUGGAAGUGCUGUGAGACUGCCUCUAGACGGACCGAGAAGAGCAAACUGCAAGGGCGUGUAGUUAAUUGAAAUCGAUCCGGUGGUCUCCUCUUGAAUGUGAAACAACGGAGAUUUGUUCUCUCUCCUCUCCUCUCCUCUCCCACCCCGUCUCCCACCCCUCCUCUCACCUCCAACAUGACUUCACUGUCAGGGACCAAGGAGAGGUCUGUGAGCAGCCGGAGCAGAAAAUAUGGGGUGCCUGACACCUCCCCGACCAAAUCCGCCUCCUUUUCCCCGGAAACAUGGUACCGAAAGGCGUAUGAGGAAACCACGCGGUCCAGCACGCGCCCGGCCCCGGAGGGUGCCGGCUCCAUGCCGAGCUCCACGGGCACCCCGUCGCCGGGCUCAGGCACCUCCUCCCCGGGCUCUUUUUCCGGAUCCCCUGGGACCAUUUCCCCGGGGAUCGGGACAGGCUCACCGGGGUCUCUAGGCGGCUCACCGGGUUUCGGGACUGGGUCGCCGGCCUCAGGGAGCGGAAGUUCCCCGGGCAGUGAAAGAGGGAUCUGGUGUGAGAACUGCAAUGCCCGGCUGACUGAGCUGAAGAGACAAGCACUGAAACUACUCAUCCCUGGACCAUACUCCAGCAAGGAUCCCUCCUUCUCUCUCCUCCUCCAUGAUAAGCUUCAGGUGCCCAACAGCUCUCGGCGGGCAUGGAAUGAACACGAUAGCCGCUGCGAUGUCUGCUCCACCCACCUCACUCAGCUCAAACAGGAAGCGGUGCGCAUGGUCCUCACUCUCGACCAGUGGGAUUUGUCGCCCACCUCUUCACCUCCUGCCCUGGUUGGCCGGUAUGGAUCUCAAGGACCUCAGGGUCCAAUGGGAGCGUCCGGAGCACCCGGAGCACCUGGGUCGAGGGACUGGGCUCCUCCUUUCCUUCCAUCCUCUUCGCCCUCCUCUGCAGCUGCCGCUUCACACUCCCAGUCCUCCCAGUCUCCAUCCCCAAGUCCCAGCCAGACACCGACCCCGAGUCCCAGUCACGGGCCAUCCAACCCCAGCCACGGGAGUCCCUCAGUGGGGCAAAACUCCGGCCUCGCUCUCACAAACCCGCAGCCUCCAGGCUCCGGGCACAGGCUGGGAUCCAAGCCCAGCUCCCUGGGGCUUAGCGGCGGGGUGGACAGAAGAAGCGGCUCUCCCAGUUCAGCAAAACCAAGCGGUGCUCCCCAGCAGCAGCCAGUGACGGCGGUGAAUAGUCCUGGUAAUAAUGCUGCUAAUACCAGCAACAACGGGAGUGGCUCUGGCGGUGGAGCCGUGUUGAGUACAGCAGCUCUGCAGGCUCAUCAGUACAUGACCCGCACUAAUGGAGGGGUUACACUCUAUCCAUACCAGAUCUCCCAGAUGAUCUCCGAGGCUUCCAGGGAAGGGAUGACUGAGGCCGCCCUGAACCGCUAUAACACACACUCGCCCUCACACACACACACCUCCUCACACACGAAUUCACCAUCGCACACAAACCCUCAUGCCCCAGCUGUUACCACGGCAGCACCGACCACCACCACCACCUCCGCCGCUGCCUCUUUCUUUGCCAGAGCUGCACAGAAGUUGAAUCUAUCAUCCAAGAAGAAGAAACAGAAGACCGCGGCCAUGGUUGCAGCCCCGGUGACAUCAUCAUCGUCGUCAUGUGACCCCCCUCUGUUCCCCACUAAUUUCAGCUCUGCCCUGCUGACGGCCCCGCCCCCCGCACCACCCUGCCUCCUCCGUGCAGCCAAUAAGAUCAAAGAUACCCCCGGGCUUGGCAAGGUGAAAGUGAUGGUGCGCGUGUGUCCGGUGUCUCAGUCGGAGGUGGCCGAGUGCAGCUCCUUCCUCAAAGUGGACCCCAGGAAGAAGCAGAUCACCAUCAUGGACCCCUCGGCCAACCAGGCACCAGGGGCCGCCUCCCAGAAGAGGGCAGGAGCCAAUCAGGUGCCUCCCAAGAUGUUUACCUUUGACGCGGCCUUCCCUCAUGACGCAUCGCAGGCGGAGGUGUGUGCAGGAACGGUUGCCGAGGUGAUUCAGUCAGUGGUGAAUGGAGCAGAUGGCUGUGUCUUCUGCUUUGGACACUCCAAGCUGGGUAAAUCCUACACCAUGAUUGGCCGUGAUGACUCCCUGCAGACUCUGGGCAUAAUCCCCUGUGCCAUCUCCUGGCUGUUCAAACUCAUCAACGAGCGGAAGGAGAAAACAGGAGCGCGCUUCUCUGUUCGUGUCUCAGCCGUCGAGGUUUGGGGUAAAGAGGAGAACCUGAAGGACUUACUGUCUGAAGUGGCAACAGGCAGCUUGCAGGACGGACACUCACCUGGAGUGUAUCUGUGUGAGGACCCCAUCUGUGGCAUGCAGCUCCAGAACCAGUCAGAGCUGCGAGCGCCGACCCCGGAGAAGGCGGCGUGGUUCCUGGACGCGGCCAUAGCAGCUCGCCACAGCAGCCAGCGCCCCAACACCACCGAGGAAGAACACAGGAACUCCCACAUGCUGUUCACGUUACACAUCUACCAGUACCGCAUGGAGAAGACAGGCAAGGGAGGGAUGUCGGGAGGCCGAAGCCGCCUCCACCUCCUGGACCUGGGCAGCUGUGACGUCAGAGUGCUGGGAGGAGGAGGAGGAGGAGGAGGAGGUGGGAGGAGCAGGGAGAGCUCCUCCCCUAGUUCUGCCCCUCUCUGCCUCUCUCUCUCCGCCCUUGGCAACGUGAUCUUGGCACUAGUUAAUGGCAGCAAGCACAUUCCAUACAAGGACAGCAAGCUGACCAUGUUGCUAAGGGAGUCGCUAGGCAACAUGAACUGCCGGACCACCAUGAUUGCUCACAUCUCUGCCUCACCCAGGGAUUUCUCGGAAACCCUUUCGACCAUCCAGAUCGCCUCCCGUGUUCUCCGCAUGAAGAAGAAGAAGACUAAAGUCACCGUGCAAUACACCUCCAGCUCCUCUGGAGGGGAGAGCUCCUGCGAGGAGGGACGCAUGCGACGCCCGACUCACUUGCGGCCUUUCCAUCACCGCGGCGACACAGACUCGGACCUCCCGCUGCUCCGCCUCUCCAGCGACCCCGACGAGUACUCGAGCAGCGAGCAGUCGUGCGACACGGUGAUCUACGUGGGGCCGAACGGGGCCGCCGUGUCCGACCGAGAGCUCACCGACAACGAGGGACCGCCAGAGUUUGUGCCGAUUAUUCCAGCUCUGCUCCGAGGCAAAGCGUCAGAGCAGCAGCAGCCGCAAAAUCAAACCCAGGCAAUCGGAGCCCAGACCAAGGUCCAGCCUCAGCCAGAGUCCCAGGACCAGCCCGGUGGCCCCCACUCCCAGCCCCAGUGCCUGCUGGGGCAGCCCCUGGCCCCCGUCCCAGAGGAAGGAGCCGAGUGUCUCAAGUGCAACACUUUUGCUGAGCUGCAGGAGAGACUGGACUGCAUUGAUGGCAGCGAGGAGGUGGCAAAGUUCCCCUUUGAGGAGGUUCCAGCGAGCAAACAGAGCGCCAAACAAGAAGCAGGCUCGGCUUCUGCUGUUCCAGCCUCGGCUCCUCCUGCUCCUGGCUCCGGUCCUGUCCUGGACACAGGAGCCAGAACAGGCCCAAGAGGAGGUGCAGCGGAGCUCUCCUCCUCUCCCCCAGGAGCCUCCGGGAGGAGGAGCAAUGACCAGCAGCUGCAGGAGAUCAGGGAGGUGGUGGAGGAGGCAGAGCUGGCCCAAACAAUGAUCCACAGCCUGACCACUGGUACCAGGAGCGUCACAGGAAGCAGCAGCACCACGUCCAACCCCCUGCACAGGGCCAAGAGCACCAACCUUCACGACAGCCGUGAGUCUCUCAGUGUGGGCAGCAACAGCGACGGCAAGGCACGACCACUAGGAUCACCACGCCUCGGCAUCGCCAGCCUGACCAAAACGUCCGACUACAGGCCCCCAUCCUCCCCGUCCCAGCGAUGUAAAGUGUACACCCAGAAGGGCGUGAUGCCAGGGACGCCCCCUCUCUCCUCACACACCCUGGCCCAGGACAGCCAAGCCCCAGAAUCUCUGACCCCAGACAACAGUUUGGCUGCAGACAGUGGCCGAUCCUCCACAGAGUCCCUGCUGUCCAGGACUUCUCCUGUGGGCAUGAGCCCGCAGGUACUAGAGCCAACUCCAUCUCUGUCUGCCAGCCUUGGUUCAGCCGAGACGCUCUGUGACGAUGACGUCCCACAGAUUCCCCUGGACACACACAGGGACGGCCCUGCGGUAUGCCUUGCCCCAGCCGGAGCUCUCUCUGUGGGGGAAGAUGAGCUGGUGUACACCGUGGCUUCUGCAGGUGAGGAGGACCUGGAUGUUCAGGCUCUGAUGGAGUCUCAGGGCCUGACGUGUCGUCCAACCAGCAUCAUCAGCUUCAACAGUGACUGCUGCUCGGUCACCGCCCUCGCCUCGGGCUCCCGACCCGUCAGCAUCAUCAGCAGUGUUGCGGAAGAUGGAGCCGUGGAGGGUUAUGGCACAUCUGCUGUCACCGUGACAACCGCCGGGGUUACAGAGGUGGUGGCCAUGGCAGAGGUGGCCAUGGCCAAGCUGCGGCUGGGGGGUGAGGCGUUAGCCGCAGUCAUGCCCACCUCUGGCUCAUCCAUCACAUCCUGGCUCAGUGAUCUGAGUGUGAGCAGUGAAGCCGACCAGUCGCUCCACAGCUUCAGCCAGUCCCAGAGCCAGCAAGGGGAGGCCCUAGCUGAACCCGACCCCAACCAAAGCCUUUCCUCUGGGGUCGAGGGGCUGGGAGAGGUCCCCGGAGGUCAAGUGAGCUCUGGGACCCUGAGGAGAGGAAGUCUGGAAGGAGAGCUGGUGCUGUCAGAGAAUGGAAGUGAGAAAGGAACGCCAACCAAAGACAAGCUGAAGAAACUGCCUCCCUUCAUGGGUAAAACCACCAUCCAAACCCUGGGGCCAUCUGGAAACUUCCCCCCCUUCAAGACCACCAUCAGUGUUCACCCGUGUGUGGCUGUCAAACCCAUGGUCAUACAGGAGCCCUCCGUUCUGUCCUCACCCACUAAGACCAGCUUAAACAAAGACCCAGCCAAACUGAAUAACACCCCAGCCCCGCAUUUAGCUUCCAUUUCCAGCGAGAUGAGCUUUGAAGACCCCUGGUUGAAACGGGGUAUGGAGGAGGGGAGAUCCAGGGAGCUUGUGUGUGAAGUGAAGCCAGAGAAGAGGCAGGGAGAGCAGGGAAAGAGCCAUCAUGCUGGACAUAGCCGGAUCCCGGGAGAGAAAGCGGGAGUUGGGACUGGGGAGCAACGCGGUAUCUGCAAGGAUGGUGUGGACCGUGGCAGCUCCAGUUCAGGCGGAGAGGUGGUGUUGUCUCCAGAUUCUAGUAAGAGAGUCGUGGAUGGCUGUGAGAUGGUGGCUGUGGUUGCCCAGGGAGACUGCCUGACUAACGUCUAUAGUCCAGAUAUCCACCGUACCGCCAGUCUUCCCCGCGGCUGGCAUCGACUCAACCGCCAUGAUGGCCUGGACAAUGGAAUCGAGUACCGGAAUCUCGGCGUCACCACCUCGACUCCCUGCAGCCCCCGGGCCACGCUCGACCGGCGGGGAUCAACCGGGAAACAGAGCGUCUUUUCCCACAAGAGGGGAGGAAUCCCACCUCUGCCGCCAGUACGCAAGUCAAGCCUAGACCAGCGGAACAGGGCUGCAGGUGCCCCGAUCAGCCCUCUCCAUCAACCCAGCCAUGGUCUGUCAUUCCUGGGCAACCCGGCAGACGAUGUAGGAAUCUCUGGAGGUAUCACAAGACAAAGAGGCUCCAGCAUAGACAGCAGCAGACUCUUCAGUGCCAAGCUGGAACAGCUAGCGAGCAGAACCAACUCACUGGGCCGGGCCCAUGGCUCCCAAAGUGGUUCCCCCCACUAUGACUGCUUCUCCCUGGAGAGGGGGGAGAGCCUGAGAGGGGGAGGAGGAGGGGUGAGGGGGGACUGCACCAUGCCUCGUACUGGGCGCAGUCUUACCCGCGGUGGAUCAGUGCCUUCUCCCACUGGAAAUGUUAACAGCAGUAGUCCCAGUUUCAGUGCAAGCCCAGGUCCAAACAGCACUCCGCAGUCACCAGCCAAAGCCAGCAGCCAGUCCAAGAUCUCAGCAGUCAGCAAGCUGCUGAUGGCCAGCAGUCCCAAAGCCAGGAGUCUGUCCGCCUCCAGCACCAAGACUCUCAGUUUCUCUACAAAGUCUCUCCCCCAGGCUGUGAACCGCAGCUCUAGCCUUCCUCCUAACGGAAAGCCCCAGAGUUCAGUCCAGGGCCCGCUGCAGCAGCAGGGACCUUCCCCAAGCUCUUGGUCCACCCAGUCUCUGAGCCGCAGUCGGGGUGGAAGCCUGGCCGCCAAGCUACCUCUCCGGGCUGUCAAUGGCCGAAUCUCCGAGCUCCUCCAGGGCAGUGCAGGCUCCCGCUCUAGGAACCAUGCCCAAGGAGGAGGCACAGACCCCGGGGAGGAGAGAGGAGUUGGAGGGGCAAGUGGAGGAGGAGCAGCAGGAGUGGGCGGUGGUGGUGGAGGAGGCGCUGUGGGAGAGGAGAGGCCAGCAGUGGCCCAAACUCUGCCCUCGCCCUACAGUAAGAUCACAGCUCCCAGAAAACCACACCGCUGCAGCAGUGGCCAUGCCAGCGAUAACAGCAGCGUGCUGAGUGGCGAGCUCCCACCGGCCAUGGGGAAGACAGCCUUGUUUUACCACAGCGGCGGCAGCAGUGGCUAUGAGAGCAUGCUGAGAGACAGCAGCGAGAACACGGGAAGCACCUCCUCUGCCCAAGACUCGCUCAGCGAACACAGCUCGGCCACCACCUCCUCGCGUCGCAGCUCCAAGAGCGGCAAGAAGAGCAGGAGCAACAUAGGUCUCCAGCGACGUCGCCUCAUUCCCGCCUUGACCUUGGACUCUUCCUCUUCCUCUCCUUCGCACCGUUCCUCCAAAGGGGCCAUCACCUCCUCUUCGUCGUCCUCCUCCAGCCCAGGUGCAUGCUGGGUAGAUGGCCCGCUGGGGCCUCCAGCUCCUUCGAACCCCCGCGGCGCAGCGGCAACCACAGAAGCUUUCGAGAUCAAGGUGUACGAAAUAGAUGAUGUGGAGCGACUGCAGAGGAGGAGAGAAAAAGGAGGGAGCAAGGAGGUGGUGUACGUCAGCACCAAGCUCCGUCUCCUGGAGCACCGUCAGCAGCGCAUCAGCGAAGUCAGAGCCAGGUACCAGUGUCUGAAGAAAGAGCUGGAGCAGACCAAGCAGUACCUGAUGCUGGAGCCACACAAAUGGAUCACCGAGUUCGAGUUGCAGCAGGCCUAUGAGGUCGACUCACUGGAGUACUUGGAGGCUCUGGAGACGAUGACGGACAAACUGGAGACCCGAGUCAACUUCUGCAAAGCCCAUCUCAUGAUGAUCACCUGCUUCGACGUCUCCUCCAAGCGCAGGUAGACAGACGGAGGAACGGAGGGGGUGAACAGGUAGAAGAGAUUUCCAUACAGCUGGACUCAAUUUUGAUACGUGGAAAUUCCCAAAUGUCCAACUAAAUCACUUUCUGAAAAAAAAUCCCCAAAACGAAUACCUCCUCGCUGGAUAGAUGGAUGGAAGGAGGGAGGAACUGACAACUUCUGUAAAGCCUGCUUAUGUUCAUUAGCCAGAUGUCGCCUCCAGAUGCAAGAACGCGGGAGGGCAGGAGGACGGAGAGACGGAUGGAUGGAUGGAAUAACGGACUAGAGACAUCUGAGACGACAGACACACUCGGAGAUAAGACCGUAGAUUUGUUUUAUGUUGGGGUUUUGAAACAGGACAUCAAACUUAAUCUGGACGGGCGUAAAGACACAUCUUCGAACCAGAGAAAGACGGCUGGCGUCCAAACAGACAGACAGACAGACAGAUCACUGAUCGGCUUUGAGUUUUAAAGGAAACAUCGACCAUGAUCAGGUGAUGGCAGUUGCGAAAUCUGUAUCCAAAAAAAAAAAAAAAAAAAAAAAAUGGAUGAACAAGAUAGAUGAACAUCAAAGAAUGUAUGGAGAGGGAGGGAGAGCAGAGGCGAACAAAGACGUUUUGUAACAGAAGAGGUGCAGGACAGGAGAAGGGUCAUUUCUCGUCGUCUCCCGUCAUUUUGAAGGGCACUUUUCAGAGUUUAGUUUUGAGCCAUUGGUUGUAAAUACAGAGUGCUGACUAAUGGCCUGGUAUUGUUGUGUAGUUAGAAAAAAACAACAACAAGAGAAGCCGUGAGAAAAAGAAAAUUAUCUGGUUGUGAAAGAUAAGUGCCUUGUGAACACUACAACAAUACCGAGACCAAUUCUCUUUCUCGAUGUAUUUGUGUACAUACCGUGUGGUGCUAGCGUUACCAUAGUGACAAAAUGAACCACAAAAGCUCCGUGUCCUUGGAAAAACCUUGUAUUUAUAGACAUUUCUAAGUUUGAUGUUUCACUGUUGGCCUGUGUUCCCUAUAUGCUGAGCAUACUAGUGUGUUUUGAUGUGCUUCGGUGCAGCGGUCUCCGGCUGAAGCUGAGGAGGAAGGCCGGUGUUAGGUGACGGCUGACACUCACAACUUGUUGCAAGGACCAAAACGAUCACAUGAGAUGCAUCGUGAAAAUGACAAAUCCAUUGGCACAAAUGGACAUGACUUGACUUGAAGAUUUGUGUGUUUUCCGGGACACUUAUGG